UCAUACGGUUAGACCAUGUGUUUAAAUUAAUGACGAUCGAUUAAUCCCGAAAAGAAUGAGUACUUUCAUACAUAACAUACAAAUUAAAGAUGGGGAGUACACUAAAACAAUUUAUACUAUGAUAAAAGAGCAACGAUACGUGGAGACAAUACACGUAUUAACUGUGCUAUUGGAUUCUAAUGCUAGUUCGAGACAGUGUUUGUCGCUUUUGGCUUAUUGUUAUUAUUACACCCAAGAUUUCUUAUCAUCAGCAAGUUGUUACGAAAAGUUGGUGCAAAUAUGUCCAGAAGAAGCUUUGUACAAAUUGUAUCACGCACAAGCUUUGCAUCAGGCUUGUUUAUAUCAAGAGGCUUGGACAGUUUGCGCGAGUAUUGCAAACAAUAACAUCGUCGAAAACAAAGUAAAAAAACUCCAAGCAGCCAUUAAAUAUGGACAAGAAGAUACUGUAGCUGCCAAAAGCUAUGUUGACCAAUGUCCUCUUGAUGAUGUUGAUACAGAAAUUAAUUUCGGUUGCUUGUUGUAUCAGGAAGGAGAGUAUGAACAAGCAUUGAGGAAGUUUUCUAAUGCUUUACAAGUAGCUGGUUUUAGGCCACAUUUGUCAUAUAAUGUAGCUUUAUGCUACUAUAAAUUGAAAGAAUAUGCAGCAUCAUUGAAACAUAUUGCUGAUAUAAUUGAGCAAGGAAUUAGAGAACAUCCUGAGCUUAGCGUUGGAAUGACGACUGAAGGUAUAGAAGUUAGAAGUGUUGGUAAUACUUGGACUUUACAUGAAACAGCGCUGACAGAAGCUUUCAAUUUAAAAGCUGCUAUAGAAUAUCAGUUGAAGAAUUAUGCAGCAGCCAAGGAAGCACUAACAGAUAUGCCACCACGUUCAGAAGAAGAAUUAGAUGCUGUAACUUUACACAACCAAGCUCUUAUAAACAUGGAUUCUAAGCCAAACGAAGGGUUUGAAAAAAUGCAAUUUUUAUUGCAAAAAAAUCCAUUUCCAUCAGAAACAUUUGCUAAUAUAUUACUACUUUAUUGCAAGUAUCAAUAUUAUGACUUGGCAGCUGAUGUGCUGGCUGAAAAUGUACAUUUGACUUACAACUAUCUGAGUCCAUACCUGUACGAUUUCCUGGACGCUCUGAUAACUCAGCAGACGUCGCCCGACGAGGCCUACCGGAAAUUCGACGAUCUGGCCAACAAGCACACGGAGGUGCUGCGCAAGGCCACGAAGCAGGUGCAGGAGGCCCGACUGAAUCACGACGAGAACGCCGUGAAGAAGGCCGUGAACGACUACGAGGACGCCCUGGAGCGCUACGUGCCGGUCCUCAUGGCCCAGGCCAAGAUAUUCUGGGACCUGAGCAACUACACGCAGGUCGAGAAGAUCUUCAAGAAGAGCGUGGAGUUCUGCAACGAGCACGAGAUCUGGAAGCUCAACGUCGCCCACACGGUCUUCAUGCAGGAGAACAAGUUCAAGGACGCGGUCGGCUUCUACGAGCCGAUCGUCAAGAAAAAAUACGACAAUAUUUUGGACGUGAGCGCGAUAGUUUUGGCUAAUUUAUGCGUCAGUUACAUCAUGACCAAUCAAAACAGCGAGGCCGAGCAGCUGAUGAAAAAAAUCGAGAAAGAGGAGGAGACGGUCGCCUUCGAGGAGCAGGACAAGAAGCUGUUUCACCUGUGCAUCGUGAAUCUCGUCAUCGGCACGCUCUACUGCGCCAAGGGCAAUUACGAAUUCGGAAUAUCGCGAGUGAUGAAGAGCCUCGAGCCCUACAACAAGAAGCUCGGCACCGACACCUGGUACUACGCGAAACGCUGCUUCCUGUCGCUCUUCGAGCAGUUGGCCAAACAACUCGUCGUCCUGAAGGACAACACGCUGCAGGAUUGUAUACAAUUUUUCGAGCACUGCGAAGUUUACGGAAGAGACAUACCGACGGUAUUGGAGCCACUUUUUGAUUUGCAAGAGAUGCCACCGAUGCCGAAAGCCAAAGAAACCGUUACUUACGAAGCGAGAUAUUUGAAAGCCUUAUUUUUAAAAUACCAAAUGACUUGAAGAUCAGCCGUUACGAUGAUU